AUGCUGGUGACCUAUUUAGAAGCCAGCCGGGUCCUUUGCGAGACGGACUCAAUUCUCUUUGGCGCCGCACUAGCAGUCUGCCGUAUUAUAGGCGCCAAACUUUCCACGGCUGGACGCACUACUGGACAAAGUAGUGCUAUCCCAGCCUGGAGAACACGAAUUGAAGAACGUAUCGCAAAGGCUAGGGCCCUCAUCGGCAGACUGAUAUGCUUCAGGUCAGGCAAGACCAGACCAAGGAUUGUGCGCACCGUCAGGAUGGCAUUUGCUGGGACAAAUGUUAGUUUGUCCCAGCCGGAUAUAAUGCAAAAACUGACGGAGUGCAUAGACGACCUGAAGCAGAGAAUCGCUGCUUGGAGAAAGCGGAUUCGUCGAUAUACCGAGAGGUCGACACGGUUCAACCAGAAUCGUCUCUUCCAGAGUGAUCAGAAGAGGCUCUAUAAAUGA